CGCCGCCCGCGGAAGAUGUGGGCGCACGUCUGGGGGUUCCUGUACAGCAACUACUUUCGGUUCUGGCUGAAGUGGAUCCUGCGGCUGCUGACGGGCAAGUGCGAGCUGCAGCGCCUCCUGGGCGGCGCGGAGGCGGGAGCGCGGCGGACGCUGAGCGUAGAACAUUCACUGGAAUCAUCAAAAAAUAAGGUUUUAAGAAACGCUGUACAUGUUGAAGAAGCUGAAGUGGAGAAGUGUGUCAGAGAUGUAAUGAAAGAAAAGAAGAUUGAACAGAAGGAUACAGGGUUUAAGACAAAUUUGCAUAUAUCCUUGCUACAGAUAUCAGGUUAUAAAAAACUGUAUUUGAAUGUGGAAAACCUAAGGAAGGUCCCGUAUGAUUCAGAAAAUGAAGAACACGAGGAACAGUUAAUUGAGCUCUGGAAUUUGCUGAUGCCUCACGAGAAUCUGAAGGCCAGAAUCAGCAAACAGUGGUGUGACAUCGGCUUCCAAGGCGAUGAUCCUAAAACAGACUUCAGAGGAAUGGGGCUGCUGGGCUUAGUGAACCUGGUGUAUUUUAGUAAGCAUUACACCAAUGAAGCUCGUCAGAUCCUUUCUCGGUCAAAUCACCCAAAGCUGGGAUACUCCUAUGCCAUAGUUGGGAUCAAUCUGACAGAGAUGGCAUACAGCUUGCUAAAGAAUGGUGCUUUAAAGGCUCAUCUCUACAACAUGGUCUCUGGGUUGCCACAGAUGGAGCACUUCCAUCAGUUUUACUGUUAUCUAGUUUAUGAGUUUGACAAGUUCUGGUUUGAAGAGGAACCAGAAAGCAUUAUGCACUUCAACCAGUACAGAGAGAAAUUCCAUGAAAAAAUUAAGGGACUUCUACUGGAUUACAGUGUGGUACUGACCUUACAAGAUACAAAGAAACCUUAAUUCCUCUGCAGUAUAUGAGGUUCUGUAUGAAAAAUUGGGUGAUGCAUUUGGACAGAAGUUUUGUGUGUUUCACCAUAAACUGUCUAAUAAUAGAACUUUUUUUUUUAACAUUAAAGAAAAGAAAAUUAGCAAAAUUCAGUUAAGAAAGCUUGGACAAUCAACCUCUGUUUACAGGUAUUUUUAUGCUAUUCUCCAAAGGGCAGCUUUUUCAAAAGGAACAAAACCCAACCAACAAACCAACAAAAAAAACCAACUCACAAAUCUCAAGAACAUCUGAAUUGCUUACUUUUGCAUUUUCUUUUAUACUUCUUGUUGCAGGAAUGUGAAGCAGGUAUUUUUACUGCAUCAUAUUUUCUAUGGAUGGGUUUGACUGUUAAUGGUCUUUUAAAAGACAGUUUAAGUUCAGCUUUUCCAAUCUGAAUUUAAAUUCCAACCUUUUAACGUAACAGUUGGAGUUCAGCUUUUAGUUGAAAUUAUUGUGGUUUUUGAUUUUUUGUGUUCUUGUUCCUUUAUGCGUCAUUGAUUGUUCACUCAACAAUGUUAAAUUUCUUAGUAAUUAAGAUGUCCUCAAAGGAGACGUAUUAUUUGUUUAUAAUUUUGGAGAAGAGGCUUAAUCCAUCAGCAUAUUUAUGUACUUACUAGAAAUUACUUCUGGAUAAGGAAAUUUAUAGAUAAAUUUGUACCAGCCAAUUCUUAUGCUUGGAAGAAGUUUAUUUUGCAAACAAACAAAAAGAACCACGUGUCAUCAGCAUGAGGAUAAGAUCCUCAGGCUAAAUCUACUCUUUCUAAAAGUAUUCCUAUUGUAAAAACUUUUGAUUCUUUCUAAUCUGACUUCAAAUGCUGAGGGUGAUGGACUCAGAAUUUGUUGCCAGCCCUUUCUUUUAGCAGCUAAGGGGGUAUUCUUAGUGGGAGGUACAACAGAUCUACUUUAGCCCUUUCAUAAAGUUUUAAAAAAAUCCUUUAUUGCAGCUGCAAUCCUUAUUUUGUAAAAAUAAAUUCACAUUUGGGUACAAAUCUAAAAAAGAUGUAUUUUCCAUGGAAGAGAUGCAACUUGGAUGUGUUCAUUAGUCUUGCCAUCCUCAGACAAUCUAAUAGACAGAACUUCAUGUCUGUAUUGUGACUGAUUAUUGCUUAGAGCAACUUUAAAUGGGUUUGGUAUGACCAUCACUUUGUUUUCUAAGACCUUCUAUUAAAUAAGUGCCUUCUGCUGUUUUCAAUCAGCUUUUUAUUUUGCUUCUUCUAGCUAGAUCAGAGUCUUAGAAACUUGAGUAAUUUGAGAAAGAUUUUUUCACCAUAUACCUAAAUAGCUCACAGUGGCACAACAUUUGUAUGCUGAUACAAGCUUUCAUAUAUUUUUUUUAAUCACCUCAGGUAAACUAGUUAAUUUCUAGUCAAUGACUACUCCAGAACAGAUUCCUGAAGAAUAUAAGCAUUGAAUACAAUGAAUGGAAGCAUGAGGGGGAAAAAAAAAGGAAAAAAAAAAAGACAACCCCCUUUUUGUAAUGAGUGUUAAUUACACUAUGUAAGUAUGAAAUAUAAUACAUAAUACUGCAUUUCCUGGAGAUCAUCAAAACCCACCUGGACAUGGGCCUAAGCAGCCUCCUUUGAGGGACCCUGCUUUUAGGCAGGGGAUUGGACUUGGUGAUCCCCAGAGGUGCCUUCCCUCCCCAGUAACUCUGGGAGUCUGUAUUGUGUAAGUAGUGACUUGUUGCACUGCAUCCACCCUUGUGCUCUUGAUCCCUUAAAUGCUGGGGAUCUCUUGCUUGUGGGGAAGCUCCUGAUCAGGGUACACAGUGCACGUAUAUGGGGUAACAGUUCUCUUUUCUUCUUGUGAUACCUUAGGUACAGACAAGAGUCAGAUAAGUUGAAUGCUUUCAGGGUGGGGAAGGGUUCAGUCUGUGUUGGGUUGAUGCUGUUCUACCAAUAUAAAAACCAAACACCCCCAAAACAACAACAAAAACCCAACACCAUGAAGAUGCACAUAGGGAGAGUAUUUAUGGCUUGCAAACUGGAGAGCUGAACUGACCAAUUAGAUCCAAACUGACAAUGGGAGGCCCAGGUCUUUUGCUACUGCCCUGUACAUGGAUCCUGGAAUACUCACCAAUGAAGACCUGAGAUCUUGUGGAGAGCAUUCUGGGAUUCAGGUCCUGUGGUGGAGCUCUGUUUCUCUGAGCUUUGCAGACCCUGGGCAUGCCAAAAAUCCAAGGAAGGAAGUGGAAAGUGGACUCCUUCCCAGUGGCCCAAGUGCUUACUUUCUAGCUCCAUUCUUCUGGAGCAAAGGAUCUCCUUUGCUGCUGCUGCCAAACAUAAUUGGUGUCACUUCUGGAAUUCAAAAAGUCAGUUGCUUGCUGCUUGCAAAGGAGAUCCUAUUGGUUUUCAUCUACUGCCUGCCAGCAAGUUACAAAAUUGCUUGAGCCAUCUCUAGAGGUUCCCCUGAGCUAAGUCUGAUUUUUUUUUUUUUUUUUUUUGCAACAGUUGCAAACAUAAUCUACACUCUUGUCUUUCCAGCACUGAAACUUUCACUGGGCUACUUGUUCAGCAGUCAACUGACAUUUAACUAUUGCUGAGGCUUCUAAAGCCCAACCACAGUCUCAGGGUUCCUGUCACACACCUGAGAGGUUUUAGUGUCAAAUGUAGUUCAAGCUUUUAAUAAGAUGCAUCUUUGCUAGUUUUUUUUCUUUUUAAAUCAGUGGGUGAUCUAGAAGUAAACUGUGGCAGUAUACAAAGAAAAAAAGUAAACCCAACCAUCAUCAGAUGAGUGAGACAUAAGGAAAUACAUUAGUUUGCAUGUAGUAAUUAAGGUGAAUGUUUAUGUUAGGCUCCAGUGCACCUUCCCAGGAAACAAUUAGAAUUUGCAUGUGGUUUUGUAUGAUCAACUAGCCCAGUAAUUCUGUCUAGGAGUCACUAUAUGUAGACUAGUACUGGGUGCCCCUGUUUGCACCCCUGGUAGGUUAACUGUAUUAUGGUGGUAGCUAGAAAAUGUAUUGAAAUAGGUAAAAUUGUGUUUAGAGAAGGCAAGAACAAGGCUUUACUAGUCAAUAGUAUUUAAUACUCACUCUGUUGUAGGGUAACAAUCCUAAGGUUAUAGAAGACUGGAAAUGGAGGCAGGCCACUUUUCUGCAAGUUGAUAUAAUCUUUAACAUCAGAAUUCUUUGCUCACAAGUUAUUAUAAGAGUCUUAAAAACUCAGUAAAUUAUUAUUUAUCAACCAUCAUGUUUUAAAUUCAUGUUAUCUUCCUAGAACUUGCAAGUGCUAUUAGUUUUCUAACUUACUGCCUCUUUAAAACAUUCACUAUGUGAAAGCUUGUAUGCAAUAGUAUUAAAUAAUUAAAACUGGAGACAAGGUGGUUCUGUAAAUUUGUUGUUCCUGUAGCAAAUGUUUAACAAACUACCUUCACUUUUGUUGUUUAAUGUAUGCUUGAAACAUGGUGCCACUCUAUGAACAAAUUAAUCUGAAGAUAAGCAGAAGUUUACUACAAGGAAAUGUAAAAUCUAAGUAAACACAUUGUUCCAGAAGUAACUAACUUGAUUGGAAAGCCAUCUGAAGACAGUGCUACAUAGGAAGGAAGAAACAAUGUUUUGAAACUGGUUGUGCUUCUGUCAUCUGAUACAGCCAUGUAAAUAAUAGGGCAUUUGUCCUAAAGGGCAAUAGUAAAAGGGCCCAAUUUAAACAUCCCAGGUAAAGAUUUUUGGACUUUCAGUCUUUGAAAAACAAAACUGCAACAAAAAUUAAACGCACACACAGCUCCAUUGGCUUUCCAGAUUUUCCGUCCUAGUCUAAAUAAAAUUUGUCAAAAGAAAUUACAUAGCCUUGUUUUAGGAAUUAGGAUGAAAAAGUUUGUGUUUAGUUAGGUGGGAGCUGAGCAGUCAGUAUCCUUGACAAUACUGCUAGUGAUGUGUGGUGAAGAUGUAACCUGUAGUUUCCUUCUGUCGUUCUUGUUUGUGUUGCUGUAGUACCAUGGUGACCCAUCUUUGGACCGAUGUUUCUUGUGCCAGUCUAGAUUCUGUCCUUCUCUAGGGAAUUAAGAACAACCCAGCCCAAGACAACUUGGGAGCAGUUUCUUCUUAUGACACUGUGCUUAGAUAGCUGCAUACUAAUAGGAAUUCCUGUUUACCACAAUCUAAAAGCAAUAACGUGUACUGUGAUGUCUGUGUAAUAGAGAUGUUUACAAUGGUAGCAAAUAAAGAACGGGUUAUUCCAA